UGGCGUCUUCCGGCGCGCUGUCUCCGGGCCCCCUCGGCCAUGCUGCGCGCGCUGAGCCGUCUGGGCACGCGGCCCACUUGCGGCCCCCCAGCUCCGACGCUGCUGCCCGCGCGCGGCCGCAAGACCCGCCAUGACCCGGUCGCCAAGUCCAAGGUCGGCCGUGUGGCCACCCCGCCCCCGGUGGACCCUGCGGAAUUCUACGUGGUGACGGAGCGCUACCGGCAGUACCGCCAGAUCGUGGGCGCCCUCAGACUGCAGUUCGUGAACGAGGUGCGGAGCAAGGUGCGCGAGUCCCGGGUCGGAGUCCUGGCCGAGCGCAAGGCGCAGGAGGACGCCAAUGAGCACCGCGAGCUGAUGGCCUGGAACCGGGCGGAGAACCAGCGGCUGCACCAGCUGCGGAUCGCGAGGCUGCAGCAAGAGGCGCGGGAGCAGGAGCAGCGGCAGGCGGAGGAGCAGGCCCGCCGGGCCCGAGAGGCUGAGGCCUGGGUGCAGCUCAAGGAGCAAGAAGUGCUGCAGCUGCAGGAGGAUUCAAAAAACUUCAUAACCCGAGAGAACCUGGAGGCGAAAGUAGAAGAAGCAUUGGAUUCCCCGAAGAGCUACAACUGGGCCAUCACCAAAGAAGGACUGGUAGUCAAGCCACAGCACAAGGGCUCCUAGGGGCCCAGUGGGGGCAGCACCCACACAUAUACACACACCAUCGCCACGACCACCAUCUGUGUGUGGGCCCAGGAUAACUGGGUCUAAUCUGGAAUAAAGCAGGUGCUGUUUUCUUACAAAGAAA